AUGGGUCUCUGUCAUGGCAAGCCGAGCCAAAUCCCGGAGCCCGAGGCGGAGGAGGCGGCGGCGGCGGCCGGUGUAGCCGUCGCCGGCGCCGCCUCGCCGGGUCCGGCUGCGGCGGCGGCGGCGGCGGCGGCGGCGAAGCCGGGCACGCCGAAGCAGCCGAAGUUCCCGUUCUACCUGCCGAGCCCGCUGCCGGCGUCGAGCUACAAGAGCUCGCCGGCGAACUCGAGCGUGGCGUCGACGCCGGCGCGCGGCGGGUUGAAGCGGCCGUUCCCCCCGCCGUCGCCGGCGAAGCACAUCCGCGCGCUCCUGGCGCGGCGGCACGGGUCGGUGAAGCCCAACGAGGCGCCCAUCCCGGAGGGCGGCGAGACCGAGGUCGGCCUCGACAAGGGCUUCGGCUUCUCCAAGCACUUCUUCGCCAAGUACGAGCUCGGCGACGAGGUCGGCCGCGGCCACUUCGGCUACACCUGCUCCGCCAAGGCCAAGAAGGGCGACCACAAGGGCCACGACGUCGCCGUCAAGGUCAUCCCCAAAGCCAAGAUGACGACUGCUAUUGCCAUUGAAGAUGUCAGAAGAGAAGUCAGAAUAUUGAGUUCGCUGACAGGACACAGUAACCUAGUGCAGUUCUAUGAUGCUUUCGAGGAUGAAGAUAAUGUGUAUAUAGUUAUGGAGCUAUGUAAAGGAGGUGAACUACUGGAUAGGAUUUUGGCAAGAGGUGGAAAAUACUCUGAGGAAGAUGCAAAGGUUGUUAUGGUGCAAAUUUUGAGUGUUGUGUCAUUUUGCCAUCUCCAAGGUGUUGUCCAUCGUGAUCUGAAACCAGAGAAUUUUCUUUUCACCUCAAAGGAUGAAAACUCUGCCUUGAAGGUCAUAGACUUUGGCUUGUCUGACUUUGUGAAGCCAGAUGAAAGACUUAAUGACAUUGUCGGAAGUGCAUAUUAUGUUGCUCCUGAGGUGCUUCAUCGAUCUUAUGGCACUGAGGCAGAUAUGUGGAGCAUUGGAGUGAUUGCCUACAUUUUGCUUUGUGGGAGCCGUCCUUUCUGGGCACGCACCGAAUCAGGAAUAUUUCGAGCUGUGCUGAAGGCAGAACCAAGUUUUGAUGAGGCUCCAUGGCCUACUCUCACUGCCGAAGCAAAAGACUUUGUAAAACGACUGCUUAAUAAGGAUUACCGCAAGAGGAUGACUGCUGCACAAGCUCUCAGUCAUCCGUGGAUCCGAAAUUCUCAACAAGUGAAAAUACCUUUAGAUAUGAUAAUCUACAAGCUUAUGCGAGCUUAUAUCAGUUCGUCUUCCUUGCGGAAGUCCGCUUUGAGGGCCCUAGCUAAGACAUUGACGGCAAAUCAACUGUUCUAUCUAAGAGAGCAAUUUGAAUUGUUGGGUCCAAACAAGAAUGGUUAUAUCUCCUUGCAAAAUUUGAAAACGGCCUUGGUAAAGAAUUCUACAGAUGCAAUGAAGGAUUCUAGGGUUAUUGACUUUGUUAACACGGUGUGCACUCUUCAGUACAGAAAAUUGGAUUUUGAAGAGUUCGCUGCUUCUGCCGUCAGCGUUUAUCAGAUGGAAGCUUUGGAAACAUGGGAGCAGCACGCACGGCGUGCAUACGAGCUAUUCGAUAAGGAGGGCAACCGACCUAUUGUAAUUGAGGAGCUUGCAUCGGAACUUGGACUUGGUCCAUCAGUCCCUCUUCAUGUUGUACUCCAAGAUUGGAUCAGACACGCCGAUGGGAAGCUUAGUUUCCUUGGAUUCAUUAAACUUUUGCACGGAGUUUCUUCGCGAUCGAUCCCGAAAGCCUAAGAUAAAAUCAUUCUUGCAUCAACCAAUGAGGUCAAAUUGAUGGCUAAGCCAAAUUCUCUGGAUGGUGUUCGUUGUGUUGCGCGGUUUGAGGUGGUUGGAGAGGAUGUCUUGAAAAUCAGACAAAAAAAAGAAAGUGACAGUUUGUGUAAGAGGUGAAAAUGUUCUUGCUGCUACUACUUCUACCCCUCCCCUUCGCCACGUCGGAUUGAUGUUGUACUGAAGCUGUGUAGACGAUGUACAGAUGAUGAGGAUAGGAAAAAGAAUAUGGAAGGGUUGAAAAGAUUUGAGACUGGUGUUUGUCAAAGUCUUGCAUUGUAGUAGUGCAUCUUUUGUCUCAAAUAAGACAUUUAACGUCUCA